UCCAAGCAACACAACAAAGACAAACUCGGCGACGGAGAGAUUUGAAUUUACUGAAUUUUGUUUUAAUUUUAAUGAAACUUUAAACAUGGAAAAAUACGAGAUUUUGUAUAAAAUGGAUCCAGGAGUAUAUGGUAAUAUUUUAUUUGUAAAGAACCGAAGAGAUGGCAGGGAGUACACAAUGAAAAGGGUUGAAUUUCUUGAUGAGGGGGAAGCUAACAAAGCAUUAAAAGAGGCUCAUUGCCUUUUGGAGAUGCAACAUCCACAUGUCACCAGUUACAGGGAGAUUUUCAUCAUGUGGGACAGAAAGAUAUCAUCUAUCAUGCUGUGUCUGGUGAUGGAGUGCUCUUACAUGAGGAAUCUGUCUGCGACGAUCAAAGCACAUAGGGACAGAAGGAAACACGUUGACGAAAAGGCGAUCAGAAGAUGGCUGGGUUCGAUGGUGGAUGCUUUAGCCUACCUUCACAAACAGAACGUCAUACACAGAAACCUCAAGCCAUCAAACAUCCUGCUGAAACAAGAUCUGUCCUUCCAAGUCUCUGAUUUCCAGGUUCACUCCAUGGCUGAUGAUGAACUGAAGCUGAAGAUACGGAUCAAAGAAAGUAUGAAAAUUUGGAUGGCCCCAGAAACCUUAGAGCAGUGGAAGUGGAGUGAAAAAUCUGAUGUGUGGUCCUUGGGGUGUAUCCUUCUGGAAAUGCUGACUUGUCACACGUUGGAUGAAAAGGCUGUUCUGUCACUGCUACAGAAGAUCAGGCAGGAUUCUGAGCACUUGGAGACUUUCCUUCAGACUCUAGAUAGACCCCCUGCUCUGUGUUGUUUACUGAAGUGGAUGUUACAGAGAAACCCACACCACAGAGCGACCAUAUUUGAGCUGGUCAGUGUCCCUUAUGUUAAGGAAUGCCUGAUUUUGUGUGACUCUCCACUAUCAGGGCUGAAAAAGAAAUUGCUACCUGGGGUAACAGGAGCUCCCUGUGAGGCUGGAAUUGAACAAGUGCUAGAAUUCAUGAAGAAAUACAACGAUAUAGAGGAAGCACAGAUCUCGGCUAUGAAUUACCUGCUAAAAGCAGAUCAAGACAUGUUUUCCUUGAUCUCAGAUGUCCUGGAAGCCAUUACCUCAGCAAUGAAGAGCAAUGUGAACUGUGUGGAAGUGCAGCUGAGGGCCUGCAGAAUCCUACAGCUUCUCUUUGUGGCAGUUCUGGAGCACAGUGUGGAGGAGGAGUGGAUGUCCAGUGAGAAGGUCAUCAGCACUGUGCUGGAUGUUGUCCGAACCCAUUCCACCAACCAGGAGCUGCUCGCACUCGCUUUAAAUGUUCUCAUGAUUCUCUCAGGGAACGAAGCAUCAGCAGGGAAGAUUGGCAAGGCAGGUGGUAUCCCAGAGCUGUUGAAAGCAAUGAGGACGUUCAUACACAACAGGGAUAUCUGCAUGUCCUGCUGUGGAGCUCUCUGGAGCUUAGUGUUGAAUGGGCGCAAUGCUAGAAUAGCAUCAGCAGAGGGCGCCCUGGUGACUGUGUGCAGCGCAGGAGAAGUUUACCUCCAGGAUGAGGUGCUGAUGGAGUCUGUUUGCUCUGCACUCUGGUCAUUGAUUUUGCAAGGCACUUUAACAAAGGAGCAUUGUGAAGCAGCAGCUCUUCUGUUAUUGGAUGCUCUCAGGACCCACACAGACAGGCUGGGCGUGGUGAAGAAUGCCUGUUUAGCUCUGGCAAGUCUUGUGAGAAUUUCAGAACUGGCAGCAUUCAGAGUACUUCUGCCCCCUGCUGGAACCAAUGGGUUACAAGUGGUUGCAGAGGUCUAUCGUUACCACACUGAUGAUACAGAGGUGGUGGAGAAUAUCUGUUCUCUGUUUUAUGAGAUGGUGCAGUAUGAUGAAGUGGUGCCAGAAUUAAUAUCUUUCAAGGAGAUGAUUAAGCAGAUACAAAUUAAGUUUGCAUCAAAUGAGGAAAUUGUUGUGAUGGCUAAAUCUGCUCUUUCAAAAAUGCAAAACUGACAGAAUUGGCAUCUGUAAAAAAGAAUAUGAAAUGAUGUUGCUGGGGUACUUUUCAGAGACAGAAGACCCAUGCUCCGGCUUUUCUA